CAAAAUAAAAUGAGCUAGCAAAUUUAAUUUAACAGAAAAAUUACAAAAGUAACAAAUGUAUCGACAAUUUGCUAGAUUUUAUUCAACAUCAAUAAACACUAGGAGUGCAACAAAAGUAUUGCCAAAAUCGUGUGAUGUUGUAGUUGUGGGCGGCGGAGUUAUUGGUUUGUCCACUGUUUAUCAUUUAAGCGAAUUGGGCUAUAAUAAUGUCAUAUUAGUGGAAAGGGAUGAAAUAACCAGUGGUACGACAUGGCAUUCAAACGGUUUGGUUUGGCGAUUGAGGCCAUCGGAGACCGACAUCAAGCUGUUAACACAAACCCAUCAUUUAGUGUCGAAAAAAUUACUGACACAUCCCGGUGUGGAAACUACCGGUUUCAUCAACAAUGGCGGUCUGUUUUUGGCGCACAGCGACCAACGUAUGCAAGAAUAUCAACGAUUGCACGGAAUCGCCAAAUACUACGGCAUUGAGUCCUAUCUGUUGGACAAACGUCAGACCAUAGACUUAUUGAGUCCAUUGAUUGAUGAGAAAAACAGUGAUCUGGCGGGUGGUCUCUACAGCCCUAAUGACGGCUACGUUGACCCCUAUAUGUACUGUUCGGCUCUCACUAAAGCGGCAAACAUUAAUAUCUUUACCAAAUGUCCGGUAAUUGGUAUUAAUACCACUGAAUCCCAGGGAAUCAGUGUUAGGCAAUCAAAAGUUAAUGCCAUUACUGUCGACUACAAUAACAGUCUACACGAGAUCAAGACUAAUGUUAUUGUUAAUUGUUCCGGUGUUUGGGCACCGGUAGUGGCAAAAUUGGCAGGUAUACCAAGCAUACCGCAGGAAACUAUGGAGCAUUCGUAUGUUAUAACUCAACCGAUCGACGGCGUUAAACCUGACCGCACGCCAAAUAUCCGCGAUCACGACCUCUCAAUUGCAUUGCGUGUUUCUGGUCAGAGCUUCUGUAUUGGCGGCUAUGAACCGGAUCCGGUGCUUAUCAGUCAUCGGAAUGACAAAUUGGAUCCGUUUACACUGUUUGAUCUCAAUUGGGAUAAGUUUGGCAUAAAUUUAGAAAAUUCAGCAAAAUUAAUGCCCGUUAUCGGCAGCACCGGUAUUAAGGCCACUACAUGCGGACCCGAGUCUUUCACACCCGAUCACCGGCCACUGCUAGGCGAAGAUCUUAAUGUCAGAGGUUUUUUCCAUUGCAGUGCAUUCAACUCGUUCGGCAUCAGUCUGUCUGGCGGUAUUGGCCAACAAAUGGCCAAAUGGAUUGUUACGGGUGCACCCGAUAUUGAUUUAACCGCUUAUGAUAUCAAACGAUUUAAUAAGCAUUUAGUUUCAAACAAAGUCUGGUCUAACGAGAGGUGUGUGGAAGCAUACGCUCGCAAUUAUGGCAUUAUCUAUCCAUUUGACGAACCUUUUACUGCCCGAACUGAGACGUAUACCGAUUCAUUGCAUGAAAUAUUGUUGUCCAACGGUUGUGUAUAUCGGGAAAGACAUGGCAUUCAUUGUCCCGAUUGGUUUGAUUUGGAGCGACACUCACCGCUAACUUAUGAACAGUACAUGGAUUUGGAUAACACAUAUGACUGGCCCGAGGAGUGUCGUCAAUGGAAAGCAAUUAAAUACGAGUGUAAAGCCUGUCAUGAAGAAGCCGUACUCUUCAAUCUUACAUCAAAAGCCAAAUUUUCAUUGAUUGGAGUAAAUGCUAUGAAAGUGAUCAAUAAAUUGGUCCCAAACGAUGUCCAAUCUGUGCCAAACAAUCACACUUUUGUCACUUAUUUGCUUAACAAAAGAGGCGGAAUAAUGGCCGAAAUGAUUGUCAACAAAAUCGAUGACAACUCUUAUUAUAUAACUGCUGCUGAUAUGCCAUCAAAUCAAGUGUACGCCGCGUUUUGCAAUGUAAUCAUCGUCGACAGUGUCAAAGACACUGAGUUUAUUGAUAUGUCACAAGAAAUGGCUAUUUUGUCAUUAAAUGGACCAAAAAGUACGGAAGUUCUUCAACAAUGUUUCAAUAUAUCGCUAAAUGAUUUUAAUGAUAGGACACAUCGCGAAAUAAUGUUUGAUGAUAUAAUCAUACGUUUGGUACGCUUUUCGCAAGUGUCUCAUACGGGAUGGGAAUUACAUGUGAAAAACAAUAGCGACUUAAUUAAGAUAUAUACCCGACUCACCACUAAUAAGAUUGUAGUUAACGGCGGUUACAGAGCGUACGAAUCGCUGAAAAAUGAAAACCAAUGGCUGUCCGGUUGUCUGGACUUAAGAUCCGAUGACUUCUUGUCGGACGCCGGUCUCCAGACAUGUAUCAAUGAACGCAAACAACAAUUGAAACAUUUUAUCGGAAGUGAUCUGAAUCGAGAUGUGGAUGAAACCAAACGAUUUGUUUGGAUCAAACCAUUGAACAACAAAGUAAUGGUCUGUGGAUUAGAGCCCAUUUGGUUUAAGUCGCGGCCCAUUGGGUUUGUCCGCAGAAAUUUUUAUUCCCAUAAAAACCAACAAAUGCUGGCUUUUGGUAUUAUAUAUGACAAACAUAUUAAAGAUAUAAAUGGUUUACCAUUAGAGGUGGAUAUUGAGAUCUUCGGACAAAUGAAUAGGGCUAUCAUUGAACAAGUCUUUUGUAAACAAUAAUGAGAUUACAAUAUUGCAGUUUAUUAUCAAAUUAUUCAAUACAUUGAUGCAAUUUAACAUAAGAAUUUUGAUAAUUUAUAUUAAAAUUAUGUAAAAUAUA